CCAUUCAGCGUCAGCGAUCCUAUGCCGCGUAAAAAUGACCGUAACGUUAAGAAAAAGUGUCGGAAGUAGGAAAACGGCUUACUGCCUGUUUCCCAGGUGUUUCUGGUGUUGGAAGUACUCGCCCUUUUUGUUCCUCAUUGGUGCGUCGGACGCGACCGAGUAUUUUAAAAGUUUCAUAGAGGGCGACCUCUUUCUUGUAUGUGCAGUGUGCUUGCCGAGUCCAAGCAAGCUCGGCAACACUUCAAGUCAAAUCUUUCCUCAGCGGAGCCUUCUGAGGAAUGAAGAAUUUGUUGCUCUCUUCGAAGGGUUCGAAUUUGAAGACCCCUACUUCCACCCAUAUGCUGCGUUAGAUGUGCUCAUACUCACCGAGGAAACCAGGAUCAAAGCAAGUCACCGCCCUUUCAUCCGUAAGCCUCUUCCCAAGCAGGCGAAACUACAAAAGUUGCUCAAUGCGGUUCCACCGGUCCACCGUAUGACGUUCUGCGAAUACCCUGGCGAGCUGCAGUUGUCGAAAUAUCUUGCACAGAAAUAUGACGAAAUUGCCGAAUGGUACAAUCGUCAAGACAAUUUGUCUUUUCUGCACGAUAAUUUCGAUGUCAUGACCGAACGUACCCCAAUGCACGAAAGGCGUUCAGCAGGAUCGCAGUCACGUACUGCAAGUGCUAGACAAUUGACAGGUUUUGCCGCCGCCGAGGAAGAACAUCGAUUUGCUGAAGAUUCUCUUGUGGCACGCCAAUCCGAGCGCAGUACUUCAGAAUCAAACUCAGAUGUAAUAAGUUCUCAAUCGAUUGAGUUAUCGAGUCAAGAGAUUCAGAAUCCAAGUACGGAAUCGAUCAACAUAAGCUCUCAAUCGCUCGAUGUGAGAAGGGAAUUGCUGACCAUACCGUUGUCCGAGAGCCUGGGACUUGAGAGCCAAGAUUCGCAACAACCCGGCCCCAGUGGAUUGCAACAACAACACCGUGGAAGCGACAUUGAAAUGUUAAUUGACGAUAGCAGCAGUGAUUCACAGCUAUCUUCAAUUACCACUCUGGGAGUAGGCACUAGAAGGAGCACAUCUCGGAAUCGAUCCCCGCAACAGCAGGAGCAGCCUAUAAGCGCCGCAGCUAAACGCCGUCGUAUUCUACCUAUGAACCCGUCGCCAAACGAUGUUACGGAGUUGAGAAGAGGAAAUCACAGAAUGCCUCGCUUGCCAGGAGGAUAACUUACUGUCGGGUCUGCUGACUCAAGUUUACGUUUACCUAUAGAUAGCAAAACUAAUAAUUUAAAAAACUGUUCAUAAUUGUGGAAACUGCAUUUUAUGUAAGAUUAUACUACCGAGACUUCGAGGAAAUCGUUCAAAGCCACGAGAAUACCAACCAAUGCUGAUACCCGGUUAGGCCAGGUGAAUAGAACUAACGACACGAGUGAAACGAUUCUCUUUUAAAAUUUCAGUAAAAUACACAAAAUUAUAAAUUAAAAU